AUGGCCCCUCACACUUACAAGUAUCUAAACAAACUCGCCCAGAAACGGGUCCUGGUCAUCGGCGGCUCCUCCGGCCUAGGCUACGCCGCCGCAGAAGCCUCCAUCGAACACGGCGCCGCCGUCAUCCUCGCCAGCUCCUCCCCCGCAAAGCUCGCCUCGGCCGCCGCCCGUCUCCGCGACUCCCACCCCGCUUCCCAGGUUCCCUCCUCGCCCAUCCCGGCGCCCGCCAUCGCCACCUUCGCUAUCGACCUCGCCGACCUCGACAACCUCACCGCCAACCUCACGACCCUCCUAGACGCGGCCACGGACGGCGGCGCCUCCAAGCUGGACCACAUCAUAUACACUGCUGACGCCGCGUCCCCGCUCCCGCCCUUGUCCGAGACGGCGCCGCGUCACAUCACAUCCGCCCUCUCCCUCCGCGCCCACGCCCCCCUCCUCCUCGCCUCCGUCCUGGAAGCCGCGCCGGGGAAGUACAUAUUCUCCUCACCGGACGCCUCCGUGACCUUCACCAACGGCUCGAGCUCCCACCGCCCAAUGCCCGGCUGGGCCGUCGCUGACGCCGCCGCCGCCGCGACCGAGGGUCUCGUGCGGGGGUUGGCGUGCGCCCUCGCGCCGCUGCGCGUGAACCUCGUCUCGUCGGGACCCGUGACGACAGAGCUGCUCCGCUCGCUGCCCGAAGAGACGGCCGAGCUAUUCCGGGCGAAGUGCCUGACGGGUCGGUUGGGGAGGCCUGAAGACGUGGCGGAGGCGUACUUGUAUUUGAUGAAGGACGGAUUCAUUUCUGGAUCAACCAUCUUUACCGAGGGCGGUCGGAUACUGUCAUCGUGA